AUGAAUUCAUCAGGGUAUUGGGAAAGAUCAAGUUCAGGACAUAAUAAUAAUAAUAUCAAUAGUAGUAUUAAUUUAAGUGGGAAUACAACAACAACAAAUACUAAUGAAUCAUCAAAUAUAAUAAAUCAAAGAAUACAGCCAACAAACCAACAACAAUUACAAUCAGAUUUUACUUUAUCAUCAGAUAUUAAUAAUAUAACUUCAAGUAGUGAUCAACUAAAUACAUCUCAGCGAUUUUUUGAAUUAAUUAAUAAUCAACCUAUUCAACAUGAAGUUCAAUUACAACCACAAUUUACACCAGAAGAAAUUCAACAUUCAAUAAAUAAUAAUAUUAAUUCAUCUUUUUUAAGUGGCAGUAAUAAUAAUGAUCAAAAUAAUAGUAUCAGAUUUACGAACAAUAAUUUUAUGCAACUGAUUGAUGAAGAUGAUGAAUUAAACCAUGAUGAUGAAAGAUUACAAGAAACUUUUCAAAGAAUGAACCAAAAUGCUGCUUCUUUCAAUGUUGAUGAUGAUGAUAAUAUUGGUGAAGAUGAAGAAGAAGAAGAAGAAGAAGGGGAGGAGGAAAACGGAGAUAUUGAUGAUGAUUUUGACGCAAUAGAUCAUGAUAUGAUUAGUCAUGGUACUACCACAAGUCAUAUUCAUCGUCAUAAUAGUAGGAAUAGAUUUGAAGAAGAAGAUGACGAUGAAGAAGAUGAAGAUAUUGAAGAAAGAAUACAACAGGAAGAAAAUAGUACAUCAUCAUCAUCACAACCAAGUUUAGAACAAAUUCAAAAAGUUUAUUACACAAAGGGAUUACAAGAACUAGAUAAUUUACAACUAGUUGACUUAUCACCAUUAGCAACCUGGAAAUUAUCAUCCUAUAAACAAGGUUUUGGUUUAGCGCAGCUAAGAGAAGAUAACCCAGAAUCAUAUUGGCAAAGUGAUGGUAGUAAUGGUGGAAAUAAUACAAAUCCCAACAGUUCAAAUUUAGUAAAUAAUCAUUUAAAUAAUCCACAUUCUAUCACUAUACAAUUUAUUAAAAAAGUUUCUUUGGAAAGGAUAUCUAUUUUUACAAAUUAUUCACUUGAUGAAAGUUAUACACCAAGCAAAAUUAAAAUCAUGGCAGGGUCUAGUGAAGGUUGGGAUUUAAUUGAAGUAUGCACUGUUAAUUUCAAUCAACCUAUUGGAUGGUCUCAUAUAAUAUUCAAUGGAAUGCGAAAAGAUGCAGUAUUAAAAUGUUUUAUGAUUAAGAUUUUCAUAUUGGCAAAUCAUCAAGAAGGUAAAGAUAGUCAUAUUAGAGCUAUUAGAUGUUUUGGUAGAAAGAAUCAACCUCAAAGAUAUUUAACAAGUGAUUAUUAUGAUAAAUUAAGUCAUUCAACUAGUUUGAAUAAGGGAAUAAUUGAGCACCUGGAUUUAUUGAAAGAUUUAAGUAUUGCUAGUGGGUCUACCAGUUUAUCUGGUAUUUCAUUGAAUCAAAGAGUACUAUCUACUAGUACAAAUAAAGAUCAACCGAUAAAUCAUAAUGAACCUACUGAAGAUGAGAAUGAUAUUGAUGAGGAAGACCUUUCUAUAGAGAUGGACCCGGAAACGUCAAGAAUUUUAAAAAAUGUAAAUGAUGUAGUAAGAAAUAACGUCGGAUUUCAAAGUUUAGAAUUAACAAGUGUAUCUUCAAUACGAUAA